AUGAAGCAAAGAAUUAGCUCACUAGACUUACAGAUUCUUUAUCCAGAAUUGAAAUCUCAUCUGGAGGGCUAUCGCCUUGCAAAUAUAUACAACAUUGCCGAUUCUAGUCGCCAGUUUUUGCUUAAGUUCAAUAAGCCGGAAUCAAAACUUAACGCUAUCAUCGACUGUGGGCUGCGAAUCCAUCUAACGGAUUUCAAUAGACCAAUUCCUUCCACGCCUUCGGGGUUUGUUGUUAAACUACGUAAACACCUGAAGUCUAAGCGGCUAACGACUGUCAAGAGGGUUCCAGGUGACAGGAUACUGGUACUGUCAUUCAGUGACGGACAGUAUUUCCUUGUUCUGGAGUUUUUUAGUGCUGGUAAUGUCAUCUUACUGGAUGCCGAACGCAAGAUAGUAGCACUCCAGAGAAUCGUUCACGAACAUGAAAACAAGGUUGGGCAAACCUACGAUAUGUUUGGUGAAGAUUUUCUCAACGAUACGGGGGUCGUGACGGCUGAAUCUAAGGCUUAUGAUGCUACUCAAGUCUUAGAGUGGCUCACGGAGGCUGAGGAUUUAGCUCGCUCGACGCAUAUGGCCAAAAAGGGCAAGCUUUCUAGAGUUCCAUCAAUUCAAAAGCUCUUAUUUCUCCACGAGCCGCAUUUAUCAUCCGACCUUAUAUCCCGUAACCUUAAACAACAGGGGAUAGCUCCAAAUUCUUCGUGCCUAGAGUUCAAAGACAAAUGUCAACUUAUCGCUGAUCUGCUGAACGCGACAGAAUUUGAAGUCAAUGACCUUUUGAGGUCCGGCUGUAAAAAGGGAUUCAUUGUUUCAAAAAAAAACCCAGCAUUCGAUCCCGAAAAGGGAGACUCCAAUCUUGAGUUUAUCUACGAGCAAUUUCAUCCCUUCCCCAUCCAGUCACAGGAGAAUGAUGAGAGAGAAAUGAAAGUUAUCGAGGUUGCUGGUGAGUACAACAAGACUGUAGAUAGCUUUUUCUCCACUAUUGAAUCAUCUAAAUAUGCCCUGCGUAUACAGAGCCAGGAGCAUCAAGCUAAGAAGAGGUUGGCUGCUGCGAAGUCAGACAAUCAGAAACGCAUUCAAGCUCUGGUUGACGUCCAGGCUAAAAAUGAAGCUCGCGGUCAUGCUAUCAUUGCUAAUGCCGCUCUUGUCGAGGAGGCGCAAAAUGCGGUGAGAACCUUAGUUGAUCAACAAAUGGAUUGGAAAACUAUUGAAAUCUUGAUUUCAAAUGAACAGAAGAAAAGGAAUGAGGUUGCGCAACUCAUCAAAUUACCACUUGAUCUUGAAAACAAUAAAAUCACGCUAGUGCUGGAGAGUAUGGAAGACGUUAAUGACCCUUCGGCUGAAUCAGAGAAGGAAGAAGAUAGUUCAAGUGACUUCAGCGAUUCAGAAGAAGACACCAGUGAUGAUGGCCCUCUCUCUGAUUUUGAAGCAGAUGAAGAUGGUGGGAUUAAAGAGGCAAGAAGCAGUUUUACGUCCCCCAAUUUGAGAGCAUCCAAGUCCUCCGUCGACGCAACGAUUGACCUUUCACUAUCAGCUUACGCUAAUGCAUCCAAUUAUUUCAACUUGAAAAAGUCCACGAUGGAAAAGCAAAAGAAAGUUGAACAGAAUGCCAAUAAAGCCUUGAGGAACAUAGAGCAAAGAAUUGAGCGCGAUCUCAAAAAAAAAUUGAAAGAAUCUCAUGAUGUCUUGAUAAAAACAAGGACGCCAUAUUUUUUCGAGAAAUACCACUGGUUUAUAUCCAGUGAAGGGUUUCUCGUUUUGAUGGGAAAAAGUGGACAGGAGAGUGACCAAAUCUUCAGCAAAUACAUAGAAGAUGAUGAUGUGUUCGUUUCCAAUAGCUUUGACACUCGGGUAUGGAUAAAAAACCCUCACAACACAGAGGUGCCACCAAAUACUUUAAUGCAAGCAGGUAUUAUGUGUAUGGCAGCGUCUCCUGCAUGGUCAAAAAAAAUGCAAUCAUCGGCGUGGUGGUGUUUUGCCAAAAAUUUGUCUAAAUUUGACAAUCACGGAGGGGAAGUUUUGUCUCCCGGUAAUUUUCAGCUGCUUGACGAAAAGGCGAAAUCAUUCCUUCCUCCUUCUCAGUUGGUUCUUGGUUUUGGUUUCCUCUGGAAGGUCAAAGAAAACUUAUCUGAGGAAGAAUCUGCUUUCGAAGAUAAUCGAGAAGACGCUUGUGAAGUGAGUAUGAUCAACCUUAAUGGUAAUCACGAUCAGGAGGUAAAUGGAGCUGUUGAUGACAAUUCUCCAGAAAUAGAAAUAGAGGCACUUCAAGAGGGUGUGGAGAAUUUGGGCGUCAUUGAUCGUGGUAAUGAGCCGGAAAUCGUCACAGAAGAAGCUCAGGCAGAGGCUUCACAUGCCCCUCAUGACGUUUUUGCCAAAGUUGACAGCCCGCCUAAGAUUGUCCGGGGAAAGAAAGGCAAAUUGAAGAAAAUGCAACGAAAAUAUGCCGAUCAGGAUGAGGAGGAGCGUAAGAUGAGGCUUGAAGCAUUAGGUACAUUAAAGGGUGUUCAGCGACAGAAGAGUAAGCAACAAGAGGAAAUGAUGAAACAACAAGAAAGAGAAGAGAAUAAAAUGAAAAGAGAACGGCAGAAGAAGCAGCAAUCGCUAAAGUUUAGCAGUAAGGAAAAAGUUGUAAUCAACUAUGACAAAGUUCUUGAUGAAUUGAGUCCCAUAGCUUUGAAUUCCGAAACAGUCAAAGAAGUUAUCCCCGUUCUUGCACCUUGGCCUGCCUUGAACAAGUACAAGUAUAAAGUCAAACUUCAACCAGGAAAUGCCAAAAAAACGAAGACUUUGCAUGAGAUAAUGCACUAUUUUUCAUCUCGAAAGGUUGACGCGUCGAGCGUCGAUAAAAAUUUGGACUGGCCUUGUGAACAUGAACUAAUAAAAACUUUGAAGGACACGGAGCUUGUCCCCGUUUUGUAUACCGACAAAUUGAAGGUCACCAUUCCUGGUCAAUUAGAUUCAAGAAAUAGCUCUAAGGGGGGGGCCACGAGUAAAGGCAAAAGGAAGGGCAAAAAUUAG